AUGGGAACGUCAACUUCCACGCCGCUGCUGCUUAUUCUGAACCAAAAGCUGAGGAAGAGCAAGGAACCUACGUUAGGUAGGUUACAACAAUCUUUCACCGAUGUGAAGGUACUUUUGCAGUUGGACCGAGUGACAUCGUGUCCAAUUAAGUUCUUAGGGGUGAUGAUAGACGACAGACUCAACUUUACGAGUUAUGUCGACUACGUGGAUAAGAAAGCGGCAAUGGCCACGGCCGCACUCACACGGACGAUGUCGAACUCAUCGGCAAUCCACAGUUGUAAGAGGAGGAUACUGACAAGCGUGACCACGUCAAUCUUGCGGUACGGAGAAGAAGCCUGGAGGCCCUAA